AUGUUUCAGGACAAGGCGCACAGGGUCCACCACGAAUCCAAAUGUUUCAGGACGAGGCGCACAAGGUCCACCACGAAUCCAGGGGAGGCUUGUCCAGCACCCACCCGCGCAACAACCUCGACCAUCCCUCCAGCAUCUCCUGUCCCUGAACUCAACCUCAGCUUGUUAGUGGCGGUGCCGCUUGUUAAUGGUGGAACUCGUGGUGAAUACAACAUCAAUAUUGCCCGCUUGUAUUACUGCUUGAAAGCUCAAGAAUACAACAAGGAUCAAGAAUACGAAAAGAUGGUAGACGAAAUGGUCAAACAGACAACUCAAAGAUUAGCAAAAUGUCAGGUUUCGGGCUCGGGCCCCCUUGACCCGCCAACAAGCGUGUCAACAGGUUCGUCGCCUUGUAUCACUGGGCUGAUCAGCAAGGCAACAACUCCCGCAACCAUGCUCAGCAAUCAGCCUCAAGGCACGCCUCCCCGUAAGUGA